ACUUUGAAACCGUCAGAGUAAAGAGUUUAAUUUAAAUACCAACAGUCUGUCCUGAUCUAGAUUAAUCGAUUCACGUGUUAGAUAAAAGCUAUACUCAGAUAUGUCGUUAGUUACAACACGUUCACCUUCCUUCUUGGAAAGGUUCCAGAUUUGUAAAACUGUUUACAACUACUAUUCCAAUUUUGCAAUUAUUUCCGAAUAUUCCCAUGAAAUCGACCUGGCCAACCUUUCUCAUGCCCUUAGAAACGUCAUUCUUGCCAAUCCUGUUCUUGGAUACAACUUUUUCCGUGUUGAAGAUGGUGAUCAGGUUCAUGAUGGGAAGAACUUUAGAUUGAGCCCCCUCAAUGAAGUGCUUUUCUCCGAUGUGGUUAGCGAAGAAAAGUUUGAGGUUGACUCUGAAUUCUUGGAAUAUGUUAACACCAUCCAUUUCGAACUUGAUACUCAAAAGCCGUUGUUUAAAUGCAUUGUCAAUGGGAAGUAUAUUGCGUUAGUGUUCAAUCACGCCUAUGUUGAUGGGAAUAGUGGGACAAGUUUCCACAAGGAUUUACUUCAUGAAUUGAAUAAAUUGGAUGAGAAGGAAACAUUGGAUGUGCUCGUUACCAAAUCUGAACUAAAUGGGAUCCCAAAAUCAGUUGAUGAGCUAACUACUCUUUUUCAUCCUCCAUUGUUAUAUACCCUUGGAGCAUUACUCAAACGUUUCCUUGUCCCUACAUGGCUUACUAACUUGUGGUACAAAUUAAGUUAUCCUAACUUAUCCAAAUAUCCAUUGUUCAGACAUAAGACUAUCCAGCCAAACACUGCGGUAAAGUAUCGUAUUAUCAACAUUCCAACGAGUGAAUGCAAGUCAAUUAUUUCAUAUGCCAGACAGAAUGAAACUACAUUCACACCAUACUUCACCGGAUUAGCAUUUGUCAGUUUCCAAAAUAAAAUUGCACCAUUUCUUUCUGACAAACCAAAGUCCAUGGAUGCAACAAUUGUAAUUGAUGGAAGAAGAUACUAUCCUGAAUUGUCCAAUGAGUUGAAAUAUCAAGGAUGUGUCACGGCCUCGGACAUCAUUGUUGAACCAGUGACAAAUCUUGGCGAGACAGUACGCUAUAUUACCCAGCUGUUGUCCAAGGAUAUUAAAUCGCGGGAAAGAUUCCAUUAUGUGGGAUUGUUGAAGUAUCUCAACAUUUUUGAAUUAUAUACGCUGAAAAUCGGCACAUUUGGCCGUCCAGUGUUUGAAGUUUCUAACUUAGGCCGAGUAAAUGAACAAGGUGAAAAACUUGACAUCGACCAAUUAUGGUUUACCCAAGAUAACGGAUUCCUGUCCAUGAUUACAUUCUCCGUGAUCUCCACCGCGAAGAAAGGAAUGAAUAUCGUCAUUGGAUCACUGGAGGAAUUAGAAGAUAUUAGAAACCCAGAAACAAACGAGAAAUUAAUGGAUGAAUUCACCACCGAUUUGAAAUCUUCAUUAACUAACUAUACAAAAACUCCUCUAUAGUCUUUAAAUCCAAACUAAUAGUAUAUAUAUAUAUGUAUAGAGAUAUAGGCACCUUAAUUUUAAAAUCCACCAGUCAUAUCCCUAAUCUUAUCCACUUCUGCUUGUAAUGCCUUUAAAUCAUCCAAGAUGUUUGACGUACUAUCGUUGGAGCUAGCUUGGUACAUUACUCCACUUUGCGGUACUUUUGGUGGUAAAGGAGGCGGAGUUACCACCAGAGCCAGCACCAGCGCCAGCAUACUGGCAUUACGUCUUCUUGAAGGGGGAGGCGGCGGAGGAACACGGGAUAAUGGAGACCUAGGAGGCACUGGGGGUGGACCACCAUUAAUUGUGCCUGGACUAGGAGAAGACGCCGAUCUAUGACGAAUAGGAACUGGUGGUAAGGGGCGCGACAACAAGUUGUUCAGUUCUUGUUGUUGCCCAAUUUGUGAGUUUUGCAAUGUGUUUUCCAUGGUGUUUCCCGUCAUUUGGCUUGUAAAUGAUUGUAAUGAAAUCUUUGGUGCUUCAAUUUCGGAAUCGGUACUGCUACCAGGAGCAAAUAUCCUAGCCAUGUCUGCCGGUCCUGUUACAUUGGGCAUUAAUGGAGAUACAUUAUUUUGAGUUCGGUUCAAGUAUUGUGCCAUUUGUGUAGGCCCUGUCAUAUUAGGUUGUAACAAUUCAGGAUCUGGAGAUGGUGAGAACAUCCUGGCCAUUUGUGCCGGUCCAGUCAUGUUUGGACGGAGUAAGUUUUCUGAUGAAUUUUGAAGAUGGAUGGAUGAUGGAACCCCACCAAUAGAUACUGUAUCUACUGAAUGUAAGUUCUGGAAAUGGUUAAUUUGUGAUUCCAUAUCUUUAAGUAUUUCUCGCUCUUCCUCUUCCUCUUUGAGUCGUUGCUGUUGUUGCUGCUGCUGUUGUAACUGCAGAAGAGUAGGCAAUUGUGGGGCCAGAGGUGUUUGGGGAGCUUGUGGUGGUUGCUGCCGAGGAACUCGUGGUUGGUUCUUCAUUCUAUUCAACAAUUGAUCCAUAGGCAAGGAAUAGUCCAAAUGGUCUUGAGGCUGGGGAGAUUCUGCAGGUGAAUUAACAAAUGAAUCGUCAUGAAUAUCAACUUGAUCAGAAAACUUGACUGAUUUCAACUUCUUGGAUUUUCGCUUCUUAGGUUGUUCAUCGGGCCGUUCUCCAGUAAGCAAGAAUUGGGUGAAACUAUCUAUAUCCAAUGGUUUAUUGACAUCUUGAACACUGCCAUUACUAUUAAUUUCUGAGCCUUCAUCAUUAAGUAUACUGUCGUUCGCAUCAUCAUCAUCAUCAUCAUUCUGUCUUUUCUUGGACAAAAUUGAAGGCGGUGCAGGUACAGGCGCAGCAACUGCGAUUAAUGCUCGACUUGGUUCUUUUCCUUGUAAUGUAUGACUAAUCACUCGUAACAAUGCAAAAAACUCCCCAAUGUUAAUGGAAUACAAAAUCUUACUGAAGAUUCUAUUGACUUUCUCCUUUAUAUCUUGAGGUAUUUUGAAGUUAUUCAAAAAAUUAUAUACAUCAUUCAUGGUGAUUGUUCGAGAACUGGUCCGGGCUAGUAUAUCACUAUACCACCUCAUAUAAGUUUUUGAUUCCUGUAGAGUCAAAUCUUGUGCUGUUAAACUUAAUGGGAUAUAGUUAUCAUCUCUUUCGGAUAUAAUUGGU